CCCCGUACGGAGAUGGAUAUUUGCUUGGAUUAGAAAUUUGAGGCUGAGAAACCAUCCAGACCACGGACAUGAAUAUCUCAUCUUUCUUCUUGUUUCUGGUUUUCCUCGUAGGCCUCGGAGAAGGCCAAAAUGGGUGUGAUGAAUUACGGUGUGGAGGCCGUGGCCCAGCCAUUCGAUUUCCCUUCCGACUCAACAGCCAGCCAGACCACUGUGGUUAUCCUGGGUUUAAUCUGUCCUGCACUGAUACAAAAAAAACGGUGCUCCAGCUGCCAACUUUUGUGAAGUUCUUUGUGAAAAAGAUUGACUACAAAUCUCAGGUAAUUGAAGUACAUGACCCAGAUCAUUGCUUUCCAAGACAGCUUCGGGAGCUCAAUUUGUCUUCCUCUCCUUUCCUGUUCAAACAACAAGAGCAGCGUGACUUCUCCUUGUUCAAUUGUUCCUCAACAGAAACACAAACCGACUAUGCGAUCCCUUGUCUUAGUGGCCCAAGCCACGAAGUUCGUGCCUUCUAUUCGGAUGAUGACAUCAACGGUUUGCCCAUAGCAUCUUGUGAAAAGAUGUAUACUCUUCGAUCAAUUCCGAGUACGUUUACGAGUGAGCUUUGGAGAGGCCAUCUUGUGUUUCCAAAGGAAAUCGCUGAUGAUAAAGUUCUGCAUUUGAAUUGGUCCAGACCGGUGUGCAGAGACUGCGAAGUGAAGGGCAUGGGAUGUAGAUUGAAGAAUAAUAGCAAUGAAUCAGAAACAGAGUGCUUCCCUACCUUCCCUAAACAUACUAAAGGUCGAAUAUUAUCCAAGUUAAAGAUUCCUGGUAUCAUCUUAGGUUCAUUUCUAUUAGUACUUGUGGUUUUUACUAUUUACCGCGUCUAUAGCUAUGAUAAAGCAGAAAAAGAAAAUCAAGCAAAGAUCAAAUUGUUUUUGGAGGAUUACAAAAAUUUCAAGCCCACCAGAUACUCAUAUGCCGAUAUUAAGAGAAUUACAAAUCAAUUUGCUGAGAAGUUAGGCGAGGGAGCCUAUGGUACGGUGUUCAAAGGAAAGCUUUCAAAUGAAAUCUAUGUUGCGGUGAAGAUGAUCCUAAACAGUACUGCCAAAGAAAAUGGGGAAGAAUUCAUAAAUGAAGUAGGGACAAUGGGCAGGAUUCACCAUGUUAAUGUAGUUCGCUUGGUUGGCUUCUGUGCUGAUGGAUUUCGACGUGCUUUAGUUUAUGAGUUCUUACCAAAUUAUUCACUAGAUAAGUUCAUAUCUUCGGCGGACACAAAAAAUCAUUUCCUAGGUUGGAACAAACUGCAAGAUAUUGCUAUUGGCAUAGCAAAAGGAAUUGAUUAUCUUCACGAAGGGUGCGACCAACAAAUCCUCCAUUUUGAUAUCAAGCCUCAUAAUGUUUUGCUAGAUGAAAAUUUCAAUCCAAAAAUUUCUGAUUUUGGCCUUGCCAAGUUGUGCUCCAAAGAUAAGAGUGCAGUGUCUAUGACCACAGCCAGGGGGACCAUGGGUUACAUCGCACCAGAAGUGUUCUCUAGAAACUUUGGAAAUGUUUCUUAUAAAUCAGAUGUCUAUAGUUUUGGAAUUUUAUUACUUGAAGUAGUUGGAGGUAAGAAAAAUGUUGACAUUACAAUGGAGAAUACUAGUCAAGUUUACUUUCCAGAAUGGAUCUACAAUUUCUUAGAACAAAAAGAAGACCUACGAGUCCUUAUUGAGGAUGAUGAAGAUGCUAAAAUUGCAAAAAAACUUGCAAUUGUGGGGCUUUGGUGCAUUCAAUGGCACCCCGUGGACCGUCCUUCUAUGAAAGUUGUGAUUCAAAUGUUAGAAGGAGGACAUGAAUUAACUAUGCCUCCUAAUCCGUUUGCCGCAACAACUGCCACAAGAAUGAAACUAGACCGAGAGUUAAAUGUCAUCUCAGAACAAGAGUAAUGAUCAUAUAUAUAGGUUUCAAUCAUGUUGUACUCAAGGAUUAGAACUAUUAAUCUUUCCUUUUUCCUUCUUUUUUUUUUUUUUUUUUUUUAUGUUUUGUUUUUCCAGUUGGAGUUCCUGGGCUGUGAAUUGUGUUAUGAUCUGAAAGUGAAUAUCUUUUUAGUUGCAGUCCCACUACGCACGUUUGAUGGUCACGAUUUCUUGCAUAAGAAGAAUGUUCUAUAAAUUAAGUACACAUUAUGUACCUCUAGCAAAAAAAUAUUACACAUUAUGGAUU